UCCCCAAUCUCGUACAGUUUUCGCAAAGUUUUCACAUUUUCAUUGAUUUUAUUUAAAUUAUCUCAAUAUUCCUGUAUCGAGCCGAGGUGCAACUGCUGGCUGCACAAUGACUAACUUUAUAUCUUUAAAUCUACGUGAUUUCGGUCUAUCAGACGAUAUAACGGAGACUGUAAAAUCGACAACACCAUUCUGUUUAUGUUGCUUGGCCAAAAACGGCACUCUUAUUAAACUAAUGGACUGUAAACAUACGUAUUUCCUAGUGUCGAUGGGACCACUGAAGAUGGAUAUAACAGAUCAUUUCGUGUGCAGCUCGUGCCACAGACAUCUGGAAAAGAUAGAGACAUUCAGAAAUCAAGUGCUGGAGAGCAAAAGAAUCCUAGACCAUGAGUCCCACCUAAUACCAACAUACCAGCUGCCCUCCUCUAUCAAAAUAACCGACAUCCAGCACUUGGACAUAGAUGAAAAUGAGGUUUCCAUAAAAAAAGAACUCCCAAACAUGUUGUCCAACAUAUCCGAACCCAUCGUGACGAUACACGAGGAACCUGAGCCGGAACCAAGCAAACUGUUUAAAAGGCUGAAUAAGAACCCGGUGAAGAAGAAAAAGAAAGUUGUUUUAAAAGCAAAACCUAAAGUGGAACCGGUAUACGACGACGAAGACGACGCCCCUCUCAAACCUCGCCGGCAGACGCGCCAGCCCCUCUAUAAGAAGUUCGCGGGAAAAAUCAAAAUGGUGAAGCUAUCAGAAGAAGAAAUGCAACAAGAGAGGGUUAGAGAUGCGAUGCACGAACCGUUUCUGAAGUUACCUUACAAGUGCUUCAACUGUAUAGUCGGGUUUGACCAUGAGCCGAACUAUAAGGACCAUAUUGAGAAGAGGCAUAAAACUUACAAGGGCGGCGCGUCGUGCCACAUCUGCCACUCGGUGCUCGCGGCCGGCAGCUCGCACCGCAAGCACGUCAAGAACCACUACACCAGAUACGACUGCGAGGAUUGCGGCAAGCGCUACGCGACGAUUCUAUCAGUGAUGCAGCACUACAACACCACGCACGGCAGCGUCGGGGUCACUUACAACUGCCGACACUGCGACUACUCCACACACCUAAUCAGCGCGUACGCAUACCACCGCAACAAGCAUCGAGCCGACCUGCAGUGCGCCGAGUGCGGCAAGCUCUGCUCCAGUAAUGCCAACCUGAAGACACACCUGUUCGCCGUGCACCGCAAGUCGGACCGGCAGUACGUGUGUGCGCUGUGCAACAAGGCCUACAACACCAAGUCGGGCCUCGAGCACCACAUGUCCACGCUGCAUGCCACCGCGGCGCCCACCAACGCGUACUGCAUCGAGUGCAACAUCCAGUUCAACUCGAUGCGGUCGUACAAGGCGCAUCUGCGGCUCAACUCUAAGCAUAUCACUGAGGAUUCUAAGAAAUACGAGUGCAAGGAGUGCGGCGCCAAGUUCAUCACGAACGCGUCCAUGAAGCGGCACGUGGAGUGGGUGCACCUCAAGAUGUUCAAGCACCAGUGCCCCAAGUGUAUGGAGUUCUUCCGCACGGCGGCGCUGAUGAAGAAGCACGACGAGAUCGUGCACGAGAAGAAGCUGCCGCCCCGGAACAAGAUCUGCCAGUACUGCGGGAAGGGGUUCACGACGUCGCAGAUCCUGCGCACGCACAUCCGCACGCACACGGGCGAGCGGCCGCUGCGCUGCUCCGUGUGCGGCGCCACCUUCGCGCACAACGCCGCGCUGUACACGCACUGCAAGCUCAUACACAAGCGCGCCGCCAGCCGCCGCGGCCGCCAGCCGCUCUAGAGUACACGUCACACUGGCGGGAUUGGCUG